AGUUCAUGAUUAAAGACAGAGAGGCUUCAGUGAGUAACGAAGGCAGGUUUAACGACGUAGCGACAGGGUUAUGAGGCAGCAGGCGAGAAUCGGCAGGGCUCUUUUAGCGGGAUAUUUAGCAGUCACAUUAGCCGGAAGGCAGCUCUCGUUUGGGUGCGAAAUACUCGGCAAAAAGCACGUGUGUUUGAGCAGAGCUUACGGGACCUGUGUCACGAUGGCCGAAGAGGCAAAGAAGCGCGCAGGCAUCGCAGCGGUGGACAACCACGUUCAGAACAACCAAGUAGUCGGAGUGGGUAGCGGUUCAACCAUUGUUUACGCUGUGGACAGACUGGCGGAGAGGGUUCGACAGGAGAAGCUCAACAUCGUGUGCGUCCCCACGUCUUUCCAGGCUCGUCAGCUCAUCCUCCAGCGCGGGCUCACCCUGUCAGACCUCGACCGACACCCAGAGUUGGAUGUGGCCAUUGACGGGGCAGAUGAAGUGGACUCUGCGCUCACCCUGAUCAAGGGAGGGGGGGGCUGCCUGACUCAGGAGAAGAUUGUGGCUGGCUGUGCCAAACACUUCAUCGUCAUCGCUGACUUCAGGAAGGACUCCAGUACCCUGGGCCAGCAGUGGAAGAAGGGCGUGCCCAUCGAGGUCAUCCCCAUGGCGUACGUGCCCGUUACCAGGGCGAUCCUGCGGCGAUUCGGCGGGGAGGUGGCCCUGCGCAUGGCCGUCAGCAAAGCGGGCCCUGUGGUGACCGACAACAGCAACUUCAUCCUGGACUGGAAGUUUGAGAAGGCGCACAACUGGAAGGAGGUCAACACAGCGAUAAAGAUGAUUCCUGGUGUGGUGGAGACGGGUCUGUUUGUAGAUAUGGCGGAGCGGGUGUACUUUGGGAUGGAGGACGGGACCGUCCGAGUCAGAGACCCCCCAAUACACUGAGGGGCCCCGCCCUUUCUGACCCAGCCCCGCCCCCCGACCCCACCCUCUUAUAACCAGCAUUCCACCCAAAGUGCCACAGACCACACCCCCUCCUCUAUAUGGACAAAUGAGAAGCCCACCCCCCAACCCCACCCCCAGCCCUGGGGUCUACCUGGAGGGGGAGGCCAGAACAGUUUUAACCGUCAUUAUUACCCAUAAGCCAUCUCACCAGGCCCUCUGCAUCGACCAGUCACCUGAGGCCCUUGUAUGAAAUCAGCAUGCGGUAGCAAGUUUGUGUGAGGAGUACUGUGGCAUGCAGCAACCUCUGUCCUCCCCUCCGUGUCCGGAGUCUUAACGUGUGCAGAGAGCAUCCACGCAGAUCCUAAAUCCGCUCGUCCUUAUUGACUCAGCUGAGCAGGAGUUACUCAUUAAUCUUGCAUCUUUUAGCUUCAUCCAAACGAGUUCAUAUCGUCGGCACGAGUCCAAAGUUUGAAUGUUUGGAAACGUCGCGCUUUUCUCUCUACGUUUGCCUUGUUAUUCCACGUUUCACCUUGAGCGGCCUGUCAUUUUUGAUUGCCUGUGUGUGUGUGUGUGUGUUCAUGCGCUGUAGAUAAGUGCCAGUCCACUCUGUGUGUGUGUGCCUUUUCUCUGUGUAUCCCCCAUUUUAAAACUACUCACGCCUCCUAACUGCUGCUGGACCCGAACGUCACUGAGGAGGACAGCGAGCCUACAGAGACCUUUAUACUGUGUGUUUCAGGGACCCUGUGAUUAUUUCUGCGAUUGUCCCGUCGUAACGAAGUGUUUCUUUACGUGUACGCUGCUGUUGCUUGUAAUCUGUGCGUUUUUUCUGUGCGCUUAAAGUUUGUUCCUCGUGGUGAUUCGGUUACAUCCUGCUCCUUAAUAGGGCGCAGGUUCAAUCGCCUACUCAAGGUGGAAAUGUCCGUUUGUUGUAAGUUCUUGUGGUUGCUUUCCCUUCACCAGAAGUCGCACUACGGAAUUACUGUAUUUUAUCCCCCCCCAGUGUCAGUUUGUUUCGGUUCUGUCUUCAAGACACCCUGUUCAGUCUGUACACCGGUGGAGGGGCUCAUGUUGGUCACAUGUACAUUUAAUAUGGUACUGAGGAUCUUACUGGUGCAGCCGGAAAUGCAUGAUAAGUCCCUUCUCAGGACGAAUGAAUCGUGAACGCAUGUCCUGUUUGUUUUUGGUGUUGAGGUGGUGGUCAAUGGUAUGGUUCUCCUGUUGGAAAACGAAUCUGGAGUUAAUGUUUAGCUGUAGCCUUAUGUAACAAAAUCCUUUCUCAAGAGCGUGCGAUCAAGGCUUUCGGUGUUCGAUUGGCACUGUCUGAAACGUGGUGGUCUUGGUAGAUACGCGUGUUUGGAGCAUACCACACAGGACAUAUGAGAAAUAUGUCUUGGGCAACAUGCAUUUUUCUGAAUUUAAAUAUUUAGACAAAGUUGUGCAAAUGUAUCAAAGUGAUUGUUCUGAGUGUAUACCUUAAAUGUUGUACUUGUUGUUUUCGUGAAAAAAGUGAAAAAUAAUUGUUGCGCGUUGUAAUUAUAUGUACAGGUGCCUUUUCUUUGGCAGUAUGCAGUUGAUCGGAUCAGGUGUAGUUUCUGAUUGGCUGAGAGCUGGGUGCUACUGGCCUAUCAGGACCGUGAGGCUGUCUCUUGCCUUGUCGUCACUGUAAGUCAGGGGUGUCCAAUCUGUGGGUGCAGGUUUUUGUUACAGCCCAGCGACAAGUCACCUGACCCGACGAAUGAACCAAUCACGGUCUAAUCAGCCCCCUGAUAAGAAGACUCAGGUGUGAUAGUGGGGGGGCUAAAACAGGAACCUGCACCCACACCGGCCCUUUUCGGGUAAGAUGGGACGCCCCUGCUGUAAGUGCUUUGGGUGUGGCCUUUGGCUCACUGUGAUGUGCAGUCCGCUGAUGAAGUUUCCACCGAGGACCAAAGAAUCUCUGUUUGUGUGGAAAACGGUCUUCUGCUCUGUGUGACACGCUUUGUCUGUGACAUCACUUCCUCCCCCCCCCCCCCCUUAUUCAACAGCUAGACUUUGGCCUGCGUUCAGUAAACAUUUCACUUCAAAUUCGUAGUCAAGAUUAAAUGCAAAUUUUGUAUUUAUUUUUUACCCCCCUUCAAACACUGUGUAGUGAGUUUAACGACCAGCGAAAUUGCCUCACUAAACUUUAUGUGAAGGGGAAAAAAAGAAAAACAUUUAAAUACAAGUCUGUGUUUGCAAAAUGCUUAUUGGAUCCAGACCUUUCUUGCGUGUUUUGUUUUGUUUGGUUUUUCUGGUUUUUCUUUUGCACUACGGGGAGGAAAUUGUUUUCGGUGAUGCCCUCUGGAUUUUGAUUGGAUGAACUUAGCGUGGUUGUCUUGACCUUGCGUGGUUAAAAAUAGAAAUGUUUUAAGUGAUGCGGAGUAACCGUUCUCAGUUUUUGAGCCCAGAGUUGACGGGCGGCGUUCAGUGCUCAGGGAGACUCGUUCUCCUUUGACUUCUCGUUUCUCUUACGCUGUGUGACCAAAAGUAUCUGGACACCCGCUGGUCUGUUUUUCGUGGUUUGGGCUAGGCCCCAUAGUUCCAGUGAAGGCAGAUAUUGAUGCAGUGACAUCUUAGACGAUUCUGUGCUUCCAAUUUUUUGGCAACUGUUUGGGGAAGGCCCCUUUCCUGUUUCAGCAGGACAAUGCCCCUGGGCACACAGCGAGGUCCGUAUAGAAAUGGUUUUGUUGAACGGUGCAGAAGAACUUGACUGGCCUGCACACAAUUUAACACCUUUGGGAUCAAUUGGAAAGCCAACUGCAAGCCAGGCCUAAUUGCCCAAUCAGUGCCCCGACUUCACUAAUGCUCUUCUGGCUGAAUGGAAGCAAAUCCCUGCAGCAAUGCUAAUGCUAAUAUAAACCUUUCCCAGAAGAGUGGUUGUUGUUAGAGCAGCAAAGGGUGGACCAGCUCCGGACUAAUGCCCAUAAUUUUGGAUGAGAUGUUGGAUGUCAGGUGUCCACAUACUUUUGGCCAUGUUCCGUGUGAAGAGCAAGUUGUGCCAGAAGUAGCUCAAGGUGCAUUUUGCAUCGUGAAUAUGAAUUUAACUUUUGGGAUUUGUAUUCCUCAACAUGUCAAGUCUUGAAUGCACAAUUUGAGUCUUUAAUUUACGGUUUGAUUUCACAUUUAACAACUUGGGACUUGUGGUGUGUUAUCUUGAGAGGAAAUUUGAAACACUAAUUUUUUCAAAAUCCUUAACUUUUUUUUCAUUCAGAUUUUAAAAUGGAUAUUCACAUUCAGCUAUUUUUGGCACUAAUUUCUCUCUGUACUUUUGUGCCUGUAACCUGCUGCUUUGAGUUCACCUGAAUUUUAACAUGAGAUUAAGGGAUUAUGUUGAAUUAUGUUGGCUCAGGUGACUCCUGUUUGGCCUUCUGACUUGUUCAUUUUCAUUCUUUACUGAGAUUUUUUCUUAAUUAGACAGUAUUUUCAAACCAAUUUUGGAAUUCUUUUGGCACUAUUAUAUCUAUUAUAUACACUGUUGCCUCUGUUCAGUUUUUAUACACGAGAAUGAGAAUUGUUGAGUACCAGAAAUGAUGACAAUGACCUGUUUUACAACCACACAGCUAAUACAAGACCUGGAACCA